GUUUUAUUCCCAGUAGGAAUAAGGAAAGAGUUACUUUCUGUAUUUGAUUUGGGCAUAGAUAUGCUUUGAUGUAUGUAUAAUAAUUUAAAAUAAAGAAAAUUAUUGUGACAAUCCUCAUGACAUUGAGCUCUCACCCCUUCUCCUGAUUCCUCUCUCAUUUUUUCUUUCCUGCUAAACGAGUGGAGGAGGAGGAGGAGGACAAAGGACAAUUUUUGUCCUCGGAGGGGAGGAGGAGGAGAACAAUUGUCCUCCGAGGAGAGGAGGAGGAGAAAAAUUUAAGUAAAAAUGAACUUACAUGUGUUGAUUUGACGAAAUGAAAUAAUCGGAUAUGCUCCUCGACUCGGUUCAGGUAGGUCCUCGGCUAUGAUUUUCUAGAUGCAGGUAAGGUUCCUUCACGAGAGCACAAUUGCUUAUGAGUAGUGAGGUGAGAAAAUGCUGUGGAAAAACAAUGUAACCAAACUGUAACACUAAAUAUAUAUUAUAAAUCAAUUUAGUGUUAUUUCACAAAAAUAUGAGAAUAUAACAAAAAUUUUCACUUACAAUCAAUAAUGACCUCGAGCUAAAGCUCUGGGGAGUAUCGGCAGUGUUCGCCAAUUGUGAUACACGCCUCCUUUGUGUUUCUAUCUCACUCGUACAAGCAUGCAACAGACAGAGAAACGACUUGCUAUAUAAUCGCUUUUCUCAGUGGAAAAUCAUCAUUCACGUUAGAGAGCUAUUAGUACGCGCUUCUCGACACCAUGGACAAGUCACACCGUGCAUCCUCAUCCUCAUUCUUAUUGCCAGACAGCCCGCCUCCGGAGAGGGAACUCAACUUCUGGGAGCAGCAGAAGCGCCGCAGCACAGCUACAACAUCAGCUGUCGCCUCCACCUCUGCCGCCCCCUCCUCCUCAGCCUCAACCUCAGAUCCCUUGAAGAAACAAGGGAUCUUCGUCCAAGAUGAGGAUUCCAGCAUCAUCGUGGGAGACAGCAGCCCUCCCCCGCAAGCUACUUGGGCACCACGCCGAGCAGCGCUCACAUCGGUACCCGCCCCCAAGCAGUCUGUCAAGAGGAGGCUGUUUGUCGACGAUGAGGAGCCUGGCGUCCUCACUCAAUCAAAGAAACGUGCGGUGGAAGAGGAUGAGGAGGAGGACAGCUCCAUAAUGACGUUGUUACAGCAGGAGGAGGAUGAAAUUCUCCCCGAGGAGCACUUCCUCACCGUCAUCAAUAGGUACUCCCCGAAACCCUGGACUCCUCUAAGAGAGUUGAUGGAGGGUACACCUUACCCUAUUGAGGACGUGAGGGAGGUCUGCAAUCAACAUGGACGUCGCGUGGUGCUCAAGAUCCGGCUGUCAGGUCAGAGAACAACAGAUGUUUACAUACCUGAACGUUUCACGCAGAUCUUGACCUCCAAAGACAUCCAAAAUUUUAAAAGUAAAUGUAAAUCAUUGUUACUGUUUUGUGAAACAUAUUAAUCAGUACAUGACUGACAUAAACAUUGUUAAAAUGCAUAAAAUUUAAAUCAUGAUAAUUAUAUUACUUAUUACUUAUUUUGUUAAUAAUCUUGUAACAAAUUUUCAGAUUUACUUUUAGGGUUUCAGUUAACAUUUUAUGAAUUUUAUUAUUACUUAUAAGUUAUUUUGUUAUCCGGCUGUCAGGUCAGAGAACAACAGAUGUUUACAUACCUGAACGUUUCACGCAGAUCUUGACCUCCAAAGACAUCCAAAAUUUUAAAAGUAAAUGUAAAUCAUUGUUACUGUUUUGUGAAACAUAUUAAUCAGUACAUGACUGACAUAAACAUUGUUAAAAUGCAUAAAAUUUAAAUCAUGAUAAUUAUAUUACUUAUUACUUAUUUUGUUAAUAAUCUUGUAACAAAUUUUCAGAUUUACUUUUAGGGUUUCAGUUAACAUUUUAUGAAUUUUAUUAUUACUUAUAAGUUAUUUUGUUAUCCGGCUGUCAGGUCAGAGAACAACAGAUGUUUACAUACCUGAACGUUUCACGCAGAUCUUGACCUCCAAAGACAUCCAAAAUUUUAAAAGUAAAUGUAAAUCAUUGUUACUGUUUUGUGAAACAUAUUAAUCAGUACAUGACUGACAUAAACAUUGUUAAAAUGCAUAAAAUUUAAAUCAUGAUAAUUAUAUUACUUAUUACUUAUUUUGUUAAUAAUCUUGUAACAAAUUUUCGGAUUUACUUUUAGGGUUUCAGUUAACAUUUUAUGAAUUUACGAUAUUAUUACUUUUAAAAUGAAAAUCAUUUAUUAAUGCAAAUAAUGCAAUUUGAUAAUGCAAAUCAUUGUUACUGUUUUGUGAAACAUAUUAAUCAGUGCAUGACUGACAUAAACAUUGUUAAAAUGCAUAAAAUUUAAAUCAUGAUAAUUAUAUUACUUAUUACUUAUUUUGUUAAUAAUCUUGUAACAAAUUUUCGGACUUGACAUUACAUCGUCUUUCAGCAAUAUAACCUAUAUCUUGUAAAUCACAAUUUUCAAGUAUUUAGUUUUGGCACAAGCCAUUACAUAUAUUUUCAUUAUAAUCUAUAAUUUUCAAGUAUUGUGUUUCCUCCACUUCACUCAGCUGAGGUUGUAUGAAUCUAUAAUUUACAAGUUUUGUGUUAAGGUGACAAUUGCAUCGCAUAUCAGCAUAUACAUAACCUACUUUGUUAACCGCAUAAUUUACUUGUUAUAUAUCAAUAAAAAAUAGUUUGUUAUUCUAUAAAAAGUUUUCACUCACCUAUCACACUAGUAUACGUGUAGAGAACUCUCCACACUCUCCAAGUUGCAUUGAGUGAUAAGAAAAAUUAAAAUGUGUUUUAUAGAAUGAAGUGUGUAUGCACGUGCAA